AUGCGUCUUUAUAACCAGUGGAUAGAUUUUGUACAUUUGAGAAGUGAAGAAGAUUACGAUGUAAAUAGUCGUAUGCCUCGAAAAGUGGAAUUUUGCACCCGUGAAGAGGAUGCUUAUAGGAGAGACUUAACUAUAAAUAGCUUGUUCUACAACAUUCACACUGGUUUAUUAGAAGAUCUUACAGGAAGAGGCAUUGAUGACCUCAAAUCCGGAAGAAUUGUAACUCAAUUACCUGCAAAUUAA